AUGACACCGGCUCCUAAAACUAAACUUGCGCCCGUCCCCAAGGGCUGCAAGGUUCAAAAGAGACCGCUCGUGCGCCAGCAACAGCCCGCCUCAUCAAAUUCUCGUCUCAUCUACGUGUCUUCUUCAACCCGCUUCAUGGCGGUGGUGAAACGUGUUCGCAAGCGGCUGGAUAAAGCUGCCGUCGGCGGCUCUAAGCCACCCAACAAGAGGAUGCACCUUAGCGCGAGGGUAGAAGCCCUGAAGAAGACGGACGGAACCAAAGGUAGUGGUGCGGAGGUCGUUGUGUUAGGUACGGGGAAGGCUGUUGAGAAGACACUAAAGGUGGCGAGUUGGUUCUCUGAGGAGAAGGACUGUGCGGUCUCGAUUAAGACGAAGACUGUUGGUACUGUCGAUGAUAUUGUGGCCGGAGAUGAGGCUGAGGCUGAGGAUGAGAGCCGUGUGAGGAAGCUCAGUUGUUUGGAGAUCACGAUUAAACUACGUUGA